GGGCGCACGUCCCGACGGACCUAUAAAAUAAGUACGAUAUUACGAAAAAUACUGUUUUAAAUUGGAUAUGUGAUAUACGUGUUGUUUUGUAACUUAUUAUAAGUGUGCGAUGGUUGUGUUUUGUGUGAAUUUGUGACGAUUUUAAUCAUGUUGUUAAUAUUGUUUGGAAUAUUUAUUGCUCGGAGUCUCUCCCACACGAUCACAUCCCUGGACGUGCCACGCUGGGCAGACCCUCGGCGAGAGGCGGAACUCAAGUGCCAGUACAUGCGCCAGCCACUCGACCCGCCACUGCACUCUGUCAAGUGGUACCAGACCACGCAUGAGAUCUUCAGAUAUACGCCGCAGGAGUACGAGACUCGAGCGUUCAACAGCAGCGGGGUGGUGGUGACCAACAGCUCCUGUGACCUGCAGCAGUGCAUCAUCACGGUGCGACCAGACCGCGGUACCGCCAAGUUCACCUGCGAAGUGUCCAGCGAGGGUCCAAGGUUCGCUGUGGACAGGCGGUCUGCCAACCUCACACUAGCUGUGUUACCAGAAUACGACCCACUGAUCACAGGGCUACCAACCCUGGUGCAAGUGGGGGAGCAGGCGCUGGUGAACUGCACGUCAGACUACUCGCUGCCAUCAGCCACCAUUGACUGGUUCGUGGACUCCGAGCCUCAGGAGGAUCCCAUGAUAACGAGCGAGACGCACGUGUCUGGUGCGGACGGCGACGGACUACAGGCGUCCUGGCGCACCCUGCACGUGUACCCUGACGACUACCCCACGCACCGCGGGUACCUCGCGCUGCGGUGCCGCGCUACCCUGGCGACACGGCCCCCGCACGUGCGCUCCAUGUCGGUCAGGCUCUAUGUAGCCAGCCGCCCGCACAUAUCCUCUUAUAUGUUUAGCAAGAACAAUGCCGUUACAAGUAGCACCUCCAACAAAAUUUACUUGAGCCGCGUUGCGAUUUGGACUCUAUUACUCACAAUGAAAGUGCCUUUUACAAUGACGUAGUGGUAAUGUCACCGUACUGUCGUAUUUAUAAAGGUAUAAUUGAUAUUCUAAUAUAAUGUUAAUGUUGUUCGAACACAAUCCGUAUUAGAACAGAGUCAAGAAAUCAGCCAUACAUCUCAGAACUUUAAAUUUCAAAGACAAUAUAAAACUUAAAGCAAAAGUUAUUGGCACGAUCCUUACACAGCGUUCACUGCUACUAGAAUUAUAAAUUAGUUGCGUUCACUUAUACCUGACAAACUCAUUCAAAGCCUCAAAGAAGUAAAGCCCACUUAUAUACCGAAACUCCUUUAAAACGUUAACAGGAUCUAUGUCUAUUUGACAGGCUGUGUUGAAAGACCAUUGCUUUGAAUAUAACUAGUCAGAAAUAGAUAUCGCUCCUGUAAAUAUUAACUUAAUCUAAUGUUUCAAGUUUGCUAGUGACAUAAGCAUUCUAAGUUUUGACUGUUGUUACAAUUAUUUCGUAAUUGAUUAGUAAUAUAGUUAGUAAUUUAUAUAGAAUACUAGCUUUUGCUCGCGGCUUCGCCCGCGUGAAGGAGUGUUCCGGGAUAAAAGUCCCGCUAUAUAU